AUGGCGAAUUAUACAAUUCGGAAAAGAUUCAAUUUCAGGACAGAGGGGUCGAAUGCCAUAAGUUACACUCUGGUAUGCUGUUCAACUGAUUGUCAUUGGAAAUUCAGAGCUUCAAGUAUUGCGAACUCUGAAAUGUUCAGAGUGAGAUCUUUUCAUAACGAACAUACGUGUCCAUUGAAGGAAAAAGUGUAUUCCAAAAGGCAAGCAACAAGUUGGUUGAUUGGGACGUCAGUUGUUAAGCCAAAAAUAGCAAAUCACAAGAGGAAAUAUACACCUGGUGAUAUAGUAGACGACGUAAAAAAUGAGUAUGGUGUUGAUGUUUCUUAUAUGACGGCCUGGAGGGCUAGAGAAAAGGCAAUGAAUGAAUUAAGAGGGGAACCAACAGAAUCAUACAAGAAGUUACCGGGAUAUGUGUACAUAUUGGAUAAAACAUACCCUGGAUCACAUGUGAGAAUGCACAAAUCACAGCAAAAUGAGUUCUUGUAUUUGUUAGAAGCACUUAAAGCGUUCAUAAAAGACUUCGAGUGUUGUAGACCAAUAGUUGUAGUAGAUGGUUCCCACCUUAAAACUACAUAUAACGGUACAUUCGUAUUAGCCAGCACGUUGGAUGGUGCAGGUAAUAUUCUACCAUUGGCAUAUGGUGUGAUAGAUUCAGAGAACGAUAAGUCUUGGACGUGGUUCUUUGAGCAGUUCAAACAAGCUUAUGGGAAUAGGGAUAACAUGUGUGUUGUAUCAGACAGACAUGAGAGCAUCAUUAAGGCGGUGUCUAGAGUAUAUCCAAUGUGCCACAUUUGUGCUGAGUUUGAUAAGCUGAUGGAGAAGAUUGAGAAGGUUGAUUUUCGGGUAAAAGAGUACUUGGAGGAUGCUGGAAGGGAAAAGUGGGCUCGACUGUAUUCACCCGUUAACAGAGGAUGGACAAUGACCUCAAAUAUAGCCGAAUGUAUUAAUGGAAAAUUGGUUGAACCAUCAACUGAAUAUAUGUGUACUGUAAUUGAUGAGGCAAGGCGUUUCAUAAUUGAUCUUAAAAAGAAAACAUGCAGUUGUCGGAUGUUCCAAAUGGACAAGAUACCAUGUCCACAUGCAUGGGCUAUAUUGAAGAGUAAAAGUCUUAUGCCUGAUGAAUAUUGCUCAGACCUAUUCAAACCAAAGACAGUGAUUAAGACGUAUGAUGUGCCGGUGGAUCCUCUGCCUGACGAGAAUGAGUGGAAUAUUCCCAAACACAUAUGUGAUGAAGUUGUUUUGCCACCAAGAUACAAGAGACCCCCAGGAAGGCCAAAGAAGAAGCGAGAUAAACCAUUAAUGGAGACGAUGAUUGGUAAACGUAGGAAUGCUUGUAGUACUUGUGGACGUCUUGGUCACAAUAGGCGUUCUUGUUCUAAUGAGCCACGUAAGAAGUAG